AUGAAAACUGCCCAUUUCAUCCUAGUAUUUUGUCUCUUGGCUCUGGCUUCAUUUGCCUAUGCAUCUGAUCCCAGUCCUCUCCAAGAUUUCUGCGUAGCCAUCAAUGACCCUGAGGAUGCUGUGUUUGUUAAUGGGAAGUUCUGCAAGGACCCAAAGCUUGCUAAAGCACAAGACUUUUACUAUUCAGGGCUCAACAUCCCCAGAAACACAUCAAAUCCAGUGGGAUCGACUGUUACUCCAGUUAAUGUUGCUCAAAUACCAGGGCUUAACACUCUUGGCAUCUCAUUGGUUCGAAUUGAUUACGCACCAAAUGGUGGCCUAAACCCCCCUCAUACUCACCCUCGUGCCACCGAAAUCCUAGUCGUUGUGGAGGGCACACUCUACGUUGGCUUCGUGACAUCCAACACCGAUAAUCGUCUCAUUACCAAGGUCUUAUACCCUGGAGAUGUAUUUGUUUUCCCAAUUGGUCUCAUUCACUUUCAAUUCAGUGGGAAAACCAAUGCCGUUGCCUUCGCUGCUUUGAGUAGCCAGAAUCCUGGGGUUAUUACUGUAGCCAAUGCAGUGUUUGGAUCAAAUCCACCCAUCAAUCCUGAUGUUCUCGUCAAGGCUUUCCAAUUGGACAAGAAUGUGGUGAAUCUUCAGUCAAAAUUCUGGUGGGCAAACAAUUAG